CACUGUGCUCAGCUCAGCUGUGUGCCUUGUUCUUGCUUUCCUUGGGUUUGUCCUAAAUCUUCUUGCAUAUUUAUACUACUCUGGGUUGUACACAUGGAUGGAUACACGACGCAUGAGACUGAGACCUGGUCUUGUGUUGGAGUUGGGGUGGUUGGACGGUUAGCAUCUUCCUCAAGCUGAGAUCCUUCUUGAGGCCAUUGGAGGGUCGCUGUCUCCCGUCCUUGAGCCACAAAAAUCCCUGGUUUUUCUUCCUCGGCGAGGGGGAGACGACGGCGUGCGGUGCGGCGAUGCUGAGCUUCAAGCAGAGCCACGAGGGGUUUGGCCAUGCCGCCGCCGCUGCUGCUGCUACCGACGGAGCUGGGCCGCAGCAGCAGCCGUGGUGGGCGGGGUCGCAGCUGCUGUACGGGGAGGCGUCGCCGGAAGAGGCGCUCCGUGACGGCGGCCAGUUCCAGGUCGUGCCGGGAGGUCGCGCCGCGCUGGAUCCGGCGCCGGCGCCGGAGCCGGAGAAGACGGCCGUGACGGCGCUGACCAAGAGAGGCGGCGCUCCUGAAGUCCUGAAAUUCUCGGUGUUUUCAGGUAAUCUGGAGCCAGGAGAUACAGGAGAGAAGACCAGAGAACACUCUGCUACUAUUGCAAUGCAGUCACCCUUGCCGGAAUACAAUGGCCGUUUUGAGCUUGGCCUUGGUCAAUCCAUGGUAUCUUCAAACUACCCCUGUAUUGACCAGUGCUAUGGACUACUUACCACCUACGCGAUGAAAUCAAUGUCCGGCGGGCGGAUGCUGUUGCCGCUGAACGCGCCAGCCGAUGCGCCGAUCUAUGUGAAUGCGAAGCAGUAUGAAGGCAUCCUCCGCCGUCGCCGUGCCCGCGCCAAGGCGGAGAGGGAGAACAGGCUCAUCAAAGGCAGGAAGCCCUACCUCCACGAGUCGCGCCACCGCCACGCCAUGCGCCGGGCGAGAGGCUCCGGCGGCCGCUUCCUCAACACCAAGAAAGAAGGCGGCGCCGGCGGCAAGACGAUGCCUGCAGGUGGCCUCGUCGCCCCCGACGUCGUCCAUCCAGGCACCCGCGGCCGCGCGUCCAGCCUCUCCGGCUCCGACGUGUCGUCGCCGGCGGGGGGCGGCACGUACGACCACGACGUCGUCGUCGUCGACGCGGACCACUACAACAGCAUCGACCACCACCUCCGCACGCCCUUCUUCACCCCGCUCCCGAUCCUCAUGGACGGCGGCGGCGGCGGCAACCACGCCUCCGCACACGCCGCCGCCUCCUUCAGGUGGGCCACGGCGGCCGGCGACGGCUGCUGCGAGCUCCUCAAGGCCUGACCACCUUGGAAGCAAGCGGGGGAUCUCCAGGCGUGCCCAAGCUCUCAGCUUGGCUGCCUGUAGGCAAAUCAUUCUUGGCUCUUACUUGCAUUGGGUUCUUGCACCUCCUCAUCACCUACCUAGCUACCAUCCAUGGCGAAUCCAUGGCUGUCCCUGAAACCUCUCUAGUGCUGGGUUCUCAGGGAUGCAGUGAUGGAGGAGAUAGAGGCAAACCCAUAUGCCUGUAAAUUAUGUUAAUUAGUGUCUGGUUGAUUAAGCACUAGUACCUGGUAAUCACUGGCAGUGAAACCGAUCACUGUGAAUUCUUAUAUGUGGUGUCAGCUUGCUUGCUCUUCAACCUGUCAGAACUCGGAAUAAAUUGGAGUGCUGAUGUGCUUGCUUGUUGUUAGGAGUAAUUAAGCUGGAGUUUUGUUCGGUUUGGAUGUGUGUGAGACCAGUAACCUACUAGUAACUGUCGUUUAGCAAUGUUGAUGUAUGAUUUGUAACCUUGUUUAAGCUAUGGUGAUGUUAUUCGUUAUGGAAAAGAUUUUAAAGAUAGU